AUGGACCUGGUCAGAAAACGAAGACCAGAUGACAACGAGGAUGACAACCUCCAGCCACCUCAUCCCAAGAGGACUAAGACAGACCAGGCCUUACAGGACACUCAUGCUGAACAGUUAACAAACAACGACAAUGGACGUAACCACAGCAACAUCAAUAACACCAAUUGUGAGAGAGUUCCAGGUAACAACUUAAGCGAGAGCACUGCUGAAGAAUAUUCCAACAUUCAUGAAUUAUCACAAGAGGAGGACUAUGAAGUAUGCCAAGAGGUACAUCUUUACUCCCACAUUAACAACAUCUUGAAGGAAGCUCAUCUUUACAGCCGCAGGCAGAGAGGACAGUCAAGCCUGACCAACUAA